AUGGAGCUGGAAAGUAAAGGAAGUGGAACAUCCGCCCUGGAAGUGGACACGACGCAUCAAAAGACCCCAAAAUCCUGGGUGUCAUUUGAUUCAGAAGCCGGAGAUGAACAAAACCACCGAAGACAUUCCCUCCACCUCGACGAUGGGCCAGAACCGGAGAUUGAAGCCUUGGAUCAUAAAGAUCUCCCCCCAAUGCCCAUCACCCCAUUGCCUACCGUAAUGCUGGCAGACCCAGCGAAACUCAAUCAGUUGACCGUACCCCAGGAAGAAUCCCGGAAAAAGUCUUCGAAAAAGGUGAUCAAUACGAUGCCGUCGAUGGACGAGGAUCCGAUGGUUAAAAAUAUGCAGGCCAACGGCAAGCUGAAAGUAACCAUCUACCCGGAGAACAGCUACUGCGCUUGGGUCAUCCCGCCGCGAUACAACCCCUAUAAUAUGCCAGCCAUCCUGCAGGCUGGUGGCGUCCAGCUCCCUCACGACGAGUUCAUCACCGCCAUGGAGUUGAUCACGAAUGACUACAGGUUCAGAUGCUACUCCACCCUCUACGGCCGUGUCAUCGCCGGCUGGAUGGCCUUCUCCCUGAUCAUCCUCCUCGCCGUCCUCCUCACCGCCCCCGGCGGCGGUAUGCCGGUGUUCAUCUUCUGCAUCCUGUGGUGCUUCACCCUGUUCGGCGGCAUCAUCGGCUGCGCGAUCAUCCGGAAACAGAUCCGCAUCGGGCUGCGUCACUGCGUGCAGAGCGCAAACAAGAUUUUGAUGAAAUACGGUUAUUUGGCCGGAAUUGAGGACCGGGGGCAGAUUUCGUGCCAUAAAGUUGUGAUUCAACUCGUCCAUCACGAUGCGACUGAUUGCAUCAAGGAUGUGGAAAGGUUGAUCAGAAUCGAAGCUAGUGGAGGAGCGGUGGUUGGGGGAGAAGGAGGACCCGGACUACGACCCACAACUCCUGACAUCAAGGCAUCGGCUAAGGAUAUCGAAGAAAAAGCCAAAAACCUGAUUCUGAAGUACUCGCAGGGAUAUGUGAAGGAAACGUCAUUAAAUCGGCUCGGCUUCCCCAACAAACCCCAGCACGGUGUCUCGGACUUUGCGCCAAAGCAUUGCAAGAAACAGUACUGUCUUUGCCAGUAUGUGGAAAAGAAACACUUCAACCGCAAGCCGAGAAAAUGGUACGAGAGUGUCGUC